AUGUUAAAACGUUUACCAGAACUUGAAAAAGAAUUUUUAAUACCUGGAAGCUCAGAGUAUGAUUUUUACCAAACACUUACUGGUAAUGAGAAACAAAAAAACAACGAAACACAAAUUUCAGAUCAUUGUUUCACAGUCGGUGGAGUUACUUUGCGUCAACUAACUCCUGAUGAUUGCACAAAAAUUUGGCUUCACACCGGCAACAGUUCUCAAA